AUGUUGUACCAAAGAGAAAUCAAGGGCGGAUCGAUUCGAGCCCUCCUCGUGAUGGACGCAAAAUUGUAUAUCUCCUCUGGAAGCGGCGCUCUUGCUACCGUGCCUGUUGAUGAGCUUACAGAGGAUUUAGAAGUUCGAUGUGCACCUGUGUCGAAUGUUCGCGCAUUUGCUAGAAUGCGUGAGAGAAUUCAUAGCCUGGAGGAAAACAGUUGCGAGAAGCUCCAAAUGGGCAUCAGAUCACUUGCAAGAAGUCCACUCUAUACUACUAGUCCUCUUAUUCUCGCGUAUAUUGGUGACACGUUUUGCCACUUCGUUAUAGAGGAACAUGGUAAUUCAUCCGUGGAAAUUAUUUCUGCUGGUACUGCAUGUCCAUGGCUACGUGGAUUCACGCCAUGCUCAUUUUCACCUGACAGUAAUUUCAUAUUCGGCUUCCAUGCAUCAAUUGUUUCGAUCGAUUUAUAUCUGAAGCGGCUUCCUUUCCUGGAGCAGUGUUUCCAUCGAGCACAAGUCAUCGGUGUCUGUUUGAUGGAAGAUAAUGGUACGAAUACUCGUGUUGUUACUGCUGGUGCUGACUAUUUCAUCCAGUUCACACAGAUACGAUGGAGGAACCGCUCAUGGUCUAGACUACUGUCCUUGUACAAUCCAGCAGCUCCCACUUGUAUUCGAUCGUCUCCAUUAUUUUCUGGCGGAUGUGUCGUUGUUGUUGGUGGAGAAAAGGGAACCGUUACAGCAUGGAUGGUCUGUUCACAAGGGGCUUGGCAUCCGGUUGACGACACAGAUCUUCAAGUGUUAUCAGUUGCCCUGGACUGCCGAUUUGCUGCUCAUUCCAUUGAUCUGAAGGCAAAUCAAGCUAGAUUCCUGCAUGCCGUCCCUCUUAGUGUGCGUGAUCCUUCUUCACUGCUAGUAACGAGGGAAAUUAUACAGUUCUUUUAA